GUUUCUCUUCCCUCUGUCAUAUUUUUUAAAAUUAUAAAUCAUGGGGGAUGAAGAUAAAACAAUUGCAUGUGAAGAUUCAGAAGCAUCCACAGGGGUGAAUCACACUGCCUCUGCUCAUCAAGAAACCCAAGAGGAUACAGUUAUGAACCUCAGAAGUAUAGAUGUAAAUGAGUCACCAGAAGGAAGUAACCUACUGAAUAGCAGUGAAAAAAAGCUACAAGAAACACCAACUGAAUCAAAUCAUUUGCAGACACUAAGAAAAAUAUUUGCUUGCCCUCCACGUGGAUUAUUGGAUAAAGUGAUAACAAAUGUUAUUAUACUUGUUCUUCUAUGGGCUGUAGUUUGGUCAAUUACUGGCAGCGAAUGUCUCCCUGGAGGAAACCUAUUUGGAAUUAUAAUCCUCUUCUAUUGUGCCAUGAUUGGAGGUAAACUGUUGGGACUCAUUAAAUUACCUACACUGCCUCCACUGCCUCCUCUUCUUGGCAUGCUGCUUGCUGGAUUUCUCAUCAGAAAUAUUCCAGUCAUCAGUGAUAAUGUGCAGAUCAAACACAAAUGGUCUUCCUCUUUGAGAAGUGUAGCCCUAUCUAUCAUAUUGGUUCGUGCUGGCCUUGGACUGGAUUCAAAGGCUCUGAAGAAGUUGAAGGGUGUUUGCGUGAGACUAUCCAUGGGUCCUUGUCUUGUAGAAGCAUGCACAUCUGCUCUUCUUGCCCACUUCCUAAUGGGUUUACCAUGGCAAUGGGGAUUCAUACUGGGUUUUGUUUUAGGUGCUGUGUCUCCAGCCGUUGUGGUGCCUUCAAUGCUCCUUCUGCAGGGAGGAGGCUAUGGUGUUGAAAAAGGUGUCCCGACCUUACUCAUGGCUGCUGGCAGCUUCGAUGACAUUCUAGCCAUCACUGGCUUCAACACAUGCUUAGGCAUGGCAUUUUCCACAGGCUCCACAAUUUUUAAUGUUUUCAGAGGAAUUUUGGAGGUGGUAAUCGGUGUGGCAACUGGAUCUCUUCUUGGAUUUUUUAUUCAGUACUUUCCAAGCAGUGACCAGGUCAGUCUUGUGUGGAAGAGAGCAUUCUUUGUUUUGGGGUUCUCUGUGCUAGCUGUUUUCAGCAGCAUGUAUUUUGGUUUCCCUGGAUCUGGAGGACUGUGCACAUUGGUCAUGGCCUUCCUUGCAGGCAUAGGAUGGACAAACAAAAAGGCAGAGGUUGAAAAAAUAAUUGCAGUUGCCUGGAAUAUUUUUCAGCCCCUUCUUUUUGGAUUGAUUGGAGCAGAGGUAUCUAUUGCAUCUCUCAGACCAGAAACUGUUGGCCUUUGUGUUGCCAUCCUGGGCAUUGCAGUAUUGAUACGAAUUUUGACAACAUUUCUGAUGGUGUGUUUCGCUGGUUUUAACAUAAAAGAAAAAUUUUUUAUUUCUUUUGCAUGGCUUCCCAAGGCUACAGUCCAGGCUGCAAUAGGAUCUGUAGCUUUGGACACAGCAAGAUCACAUGGAGAAAAACAGCUCGAAGAAUAUGGAAUGGAUGUGUUGACAGUGGCAUUUUUAGCCAUCCUCAUUACAGCACCAAUUGGAAGUCUGCUUAUUGGUUUGCUGGGCCCUAGGCUUCUCCAGAAAGCAGAGGAUCAAAAUAAAAAUGAAGAAGUUCAAGGAAAAAGUUCUGUACAAGUUUAGAGGGGAACAGAGAGAAUGCCGAAUAUAAUAAUUAGAAAACUGCUACGGGAGUCUACUUUUAUCAAGAUGGAAGUUGAAAUAUGUCCUGUUUAUGCUUAAAAUGCAGUAGAACCACAGUGUGGCUUUUUCUUUA